UCUUUUUUCGUUAGACCGCCAGUUUCGGACAAACAAAUCAGCUCAAAGGUAAGAGAGGGAGAGAAGUUGCAGAGGGGAAAGAGGAGGAAGAAGAAGUUGAAGUGGAGGCGGUGGACAUGGCGGAGGACAUGCAGAGUGGAGUCUGCAGCGGAAAUUGGUGGAUGCGGAGCGGCACUGGUGGUGGGUAUGCCGGGACCUCCGCGUCUCCUUGCUCGGCCACAGCCGCCGUGAGCGAGAUGGGCAGCUUCAGCUGGUCGGCCUCGGACGUUACGGAGAUGAAGGGCAGGUCGGGCGAGGAGUCCGUGGACAAUCACUCGGCUUCCCUCUCCGUUGGCAGCUCCAUGGUCUUCCAAGAAGCGCCGCAUAAGGCGGAUACCAGCGGCGUGGCCAUGGAUUCAUCGCUGCAGCUCGUUGGCUUCGGUCUCUCGUCUUCGGCGCCGGCACCGGCGCCUGAUUGGAGCCAUGCCUUGAUGCGUGGAGCUGGAAGAGCAGAGAGCAGCUUACAGACCAUGAUUCAGGACGAAGACCUGAACUCCCGGACGAUUUUCCGGCAACCGAUGCCUUCCGGACACUUUCAGAGGGAUUGGACAACUGGGGAGGAUUCGAACAUCAAUUCCCUGAAGCAAAUUCAUCAACACAACUUGUUUGGUCUAGAGCAGCGCCUGAAUUCUGGCGAAUGUUCGGCCACUGGCCGAAGUGUUGCGGUGAAUAACAUGGGCCAUUAUGGGUAUCCUCCACCUAUGAUGCAAGGAUACGUCGAUCAGGAGUCUCAGCUGUUGAGCAUGCCGUCCAUGAACUACCGCUUGAACUCACAGCCAUUGUUUUCAGACGAGUUUCCUCAAAAUUGGUCUAAAUUCCCACAAUUUCUCAGACAGUCUUCUUCGUCUUCAUCACCACCUAAACAACAGAUCAAUACCCAAUUACAGUUCGCGAACAAUGGGCCUUUCUGGAAUGCAACAACAACCAUGGCGGCCGAGAUUCGACCUACUUUAUAUGCAUCUUCACCAUCACAAUUUCUUGCUCCAACGAUGGAAGAGAAGCCCAGUUUACAUAACAUCAUGGUAAAGCGGAGUUGUGAAGAAACCGGUGAUGCGAGCUCGUCAGACUUGAAGAAAAGCAGCACUCCUGAAUCAACAUUCAAAAGGCCUAGAUUGGAUACACCAUCACCAUUACCAACGUUUAAGGUUCGUAAAGAAAAGCUAGGUGACAGAAUCACUGCGCUGCAGCAACUAGUUUCUCCCUUUGGGAAGACCGAUACAGCAUCAGUCCUUCACGAAGCAAUUCAGUACAUCAAAUUCCUCCAUGAUCAAGUCAAUGCGCUCAGUAAUCCAUAUAUGAAAAGUGGGAUUCAGAUACAACAUCAACAUCCACAGAAUUCUGAUAAAUCAAAGGACCAGGAAGGCCCCAAACAGGAUCUCAGGAGCAGGGGACUGUGCCUGGUCCCCAUCUCCAGCACCUUCGUGAAUAAUGAAACAGCUGCCGACUUCUGGACACCAACUUUUGGAGGGCAUUACAGGUAGAGGAGGAAAAGCGGAAAACAAGAAUUAGAGGAACUAAUUCUCUACAAGUUGGGUUUCAACCCAAAGCAAGUUGUGAACGGAAUACAGUUGAAUUGAAAGGAUCAAAAGGAAAACGGAGAGAAUGAAAGAACUUAAAAGAAAGGAAAAAGGGAGAAGAAGGAGAAAGGGAAAAAAUAAUAGAAGAAAAAAGGAAAGCCGAAGGAAGAAGAGGACGACUGUGGCUUUUGGUUGUAAAAGCAGGAAGAAAAAGGAGGAGGUGACAGUUCGGGGACAAGGCGUGUUGGGACAGCUACAGGUGAACUGAUGCUGGGCGGCCAAGAUAUGAGGGAUCGGAUGAUCAGAAUUUUUAGCAUGUAAUAAUUCUUGUUCAAGUAACUGAAUACCAUUAUAAUAAGAUUAAAAUUCGCAUCCA